AUGGACUCACCGUCCAGUUCAGGCAGGCGCCGCACCUCUCGGCGCAAGUCGGGCGACAACAACGUCCUUAAGCAGAAGCUCCAGACCAUCACUAUCUCGGAUAACAGCGACGACGCACCUCCACCUAAAGCCGGCGGUAAGGGUGGGCCGGUCGUCAGCACUACACCAGGCAGAUUCACGCGCUCAUCGCUUGGCAAGGGCAAGGUACGUCUGUCUUUCCACCCUAGCGAUUCACUUGAGGCGUCGAUACUGAUAGCGCAUCCAGGCACUGGCUCAUGAUACUCUUGACGACGACGACGAAGAUCAAGUCCUGGAGUACGAGUUCACUUCCGAGGACGAAGUUAUCGAUGGAGAGGACGAACUCGACGAUGUCAACUCCGUAAUCACACUGUCUUCUGACGAUUCAGAUGACUUGGAGUUUGAUAUUCCCUCUCGUCCUUGGAAGCUCUUCUCGCUUGGCGAGCGCAAGGAGUGGGAACUCAUGUACGCCAAUGUCGCCACUCGCCCCAUAGGUGGUAGCUGGGAAACCACCGAGAAUUAUCAGCGAGAGAAGGAUGAGGAGAUGCAAAGCUAUCUGGAGGAUCAUCCGCUGGAUACGUGGGUCAUUCCGCGCGAUCUAGCCCUCAACACUUAUCACCACGCCCUAGAGCGCGCACGAUGGCGAACGCUGGGAAUUCCGAUCUACCAACCCGCUUCGGAGACCAUGUCGGGAGGCCUGAGCGGACCUCAGAUACAGUCGGCGCUGAACGUUCCGCGCAACAAGUAUCCGCGAGAGCCUCAGAGCGCUGUCCCUCGUCCACCUCCUCCAGGCCCGCCAUCUGGGCCACCUCCCCAACAGCAGCAUGCACAGCAAAUGCCACCUCGUCAACAGCCGCCACUGCCACCACCCGGUCCACCAAGUCACGGACCUGCCCCUGGUUAUGCUCCAGGCUAUCCUCCAUACGCUGCUCGUCAGGGUCCACCUCCUCCGCCGGCUUCUGGAAAUUUACUUCCUCCUCAACACUACGUCGCCCAGCCAAUGCAUAUGCAACCAGGCAUGGGUCGACCCGUGGGAGCUCCGCAGACUAUUCCUUAUGGAAUGCCGCCAAACUUUCCACCUCACGGUCUCCCCAGCAGCUUUCCGCCGUCAGAAUCGACUCGGCGUCCAACAGGGUAAGCAGGAGAAAACCGUGGGAUUUGACUACGAGCUGACGUUCUAAAGCAGGGGAGGUGUUCGUCAGAAGCGAGAGACCCCAAUCAACUCCACUCCGCCGCCGCCCCCACCUACACCGCCGUAUCCCGCCCGACAAAGACCUGGACCAGCUUCAGCUUCAGCUUCAGCUGAAAAGAAGGAAAGCACUCACGCUAGCAUCAAGAUCGCUAAACCCGCGCGACAGCGUGUUCAGCGCCGUCAGGCGGAAGCUGAGGAGUUUCCGUGGACACGCACACUCAUCGACUUUCCUCAGGAGAAGGCCAAAGCGAAGUGGGACGACACGAUCUACGAUGCUGAGGAGCUUGCAGAGAUGGAUGCCGUCCGAGCCCGCAACGUCCCCAUCAUCGACGAUCUCGAUGCGAAGGUCCAAGAGCAGCAACGUAAGUGUUCCUGACGAGCAGCGAUUCCAAGUACAGGUCACUAACCAUUUCAUCAGGCAUUGCACGUCAAGCAAAGAAGAAGAAGGACAAAGAUGGAGAGAAAGGCGAUGAGACGGAGGACGACUCGAAGGAGAAGAAGAAGAUGCAGCGCGGACAGCGCAAGGGCGAGUCGGGGGGCGACCCCUAUCAUUCUGGUGCUUUUGCCUUUGCUUCAGAGGAAGACGAGCAAAAGGCCGUCAGUAUGGGGUUCAAGGCACCCGACGAGGCUAUCGAAGCCGGCAAAGCCGGCAAACAUGAGCUGGACGAGCUCGCGAAGAUCAAGAUCUGCUGGAAUCCCGGCAAGAAGGGCAUGACGGAGAAUCUCGAGCAGGUCAAGUUCUCGGUCAAGGACACGGUGGUCACUCGCAAGCAACUGGGUCAGGUUAAGAUCUUGACGCAUCGUGCGGCGGAGUGCGUCAUCGACUUCUGUCCGGAUCUCCUCUGGCGUGGUAUGCUCCUGCGGAUUUGCAGUGAAGGCGGUCACGGCAACAAAGACGUUCGCGAUCGAUUUUGCUACAACGGAUGCUACUGCGACAAGGCCACCAUCACCAAGCGCAUCUCUGCUGCGCUCGGACAGAAGCAGCAGCAGCCCAAGUCCAAGGGGUACGGCGACGGCGAGUGGGAGUGGUACGAGGAGAACGUCAAAGACUUCGCCAAGUACAUCGACUACUUCGGGAAGCGCAGCAGUCACCGCAACAUGCUCAAGAUCCAGAUGCAGGGCGAGAAGCGCAAGCAGAAGAUGAAGGAGAGAGCGGAGCAGGAGACGAAAGACUCUGGCUCGGGGGGUGAGGGACCGAGCAGCAGAAAGCCCAGCAAGCGUGCCAAGCUCGACGACGGCAAAGACACGGACGAUGCUGCGGCCGAGUCGGAUGCGAUGGAUGUGGAUGUUGAUGGGGAUGGUCAGGAGUCCGAUGGCAGCGAUGAUAGCAACGCCGUGUCCAUCCAGGACUCUGAUAUUCUCGAUAAGAUGGAGGAUUGA